AACAAACCUGAAAGUGAAGAAGUACCAAUUGAAGUUCACUUGUUUGUUUCAGAAAAUCCAUUCCAAGGUACUUCUGAGUUCUAAUUUGUAAUAUUUGAUUAAUGUAAUUCAUGACUUGUAUGUACUGAACUAAUUUGUUUGACGUUGUAACCGGUGUACGUGAAACUAUUUUCAUGCAAUCGUAUGAAUUUAGAGUAUUGUGUUGUUGACUUUUUAUUUCAUUUAGAGUUUACUUUUCUAUUACAUAAGUAAUUUUUGAUGAUAUGAUAAAGACACCCCUUGACCAAUUUUUUGACUUCGCCUGAACAACAAUCUCAUGUACAAAAUUGAAAUUUAUGGAAAUAACUUCAAAAAUGGAACUCAUUAAUCUACACAACUAAACGAUAUCGCAUAUGGUAAAGAAAAUCUACCCAAAUCUGAAUAAUGCCCAACAUCAUGACAAUAUCUCAAGUUUGGAGCUUGGAUUGAGUUUCCAUGUCGACGAGGAAGCCAGAUAUUCCAUUCAAAUCCUCCACCAAAACGGCAAAGCUUUCACCCACAUCCCAAUUCCAUAACAAAAAACAAACAAACAAGCAAAUAAGGAUUUGCUUGUGUUUUGCUGCUCUGUCUUCUUGCUCUGUUUUCUUUUUUUUAUUAUUGUUCGAGAAGAAGCGUGGCUGGCAUGCGUUUGUUCAUAGCUUCAGCACACACAAAGCUAUUUCCGGCUUAAGGCACAAAACCCUCAAGGGGCUUCUCUGUCAAUUCAAUAUUUUUUGCUUCUCUCAAAUUCUGUUUUUCGUUAACCCUUUUCAAGAAAGUUCCAGUCUUUCGAUUCAGAAAACAGAGACAUGCAAUUCACCGGUAGUCCUCCUUCUCUGGAAUCCGACCCUGGCGGCGGCGGCAGCAGCGGCGGCGGAGGAGACUGUUACGACCGUCUCCCUGAUUCCGAAUCAUCUUACCGGAAUUCACUCAAACAUGGAGGCCCAUCCCGCAGUCAUCGGAGAACCUCCGUCAACGGCUAUGCUCUCGCCGGCGCGAUUCUCGCCUCCACGAAUUCCAUCCUCCUGGGCUACGACAUCGGUGUGAUGAGCGGCGCGGCGCUUUACAUCAAAGAAGACCUCCAAAUCUCAUCAACCCAAGAAGAAAUCCUAGUGGGCUGUCUCAACAUCUUCUCCCUAAUCGGCUCCUUAGCCGCCGGUAAAACCUCCGACAAAAUCGGCCGGCGCUACACCAUCCUCCUCGCAGCAGCCACAUUCUUCCUGGGCGCAAUCCUAAUGGGAAUCGCACCAUCGUUCCCUUUCCUCAUGGCCGGCAGGGUAGUCGCCGGAAUCGGCGUUGGAUUCUCCCUGAUGAUCGCUCCGGUCUACUCCGCCGAGCUCUCCCCUGCUUCCACCCGCGGAUUCCUCGCCUCCCUCCCCGAAGUCUUCAUCAACGUCGGAAUCCUCUUGGGUUACAUCUCCAAUUACUUCCUCGCCGGCCUUCCGGCGAGCCUCAAUUGGCGCGUAAUGCUCGGAUUGGCCGCAUUCCCCGCUCUCCUGGUCGGAUUCGCCGUCGUUUUCAUGCCCGAAUCGCCCCGCUGGCUCGUGAUGAAAGGCCGAUUCGCCGAGGCGAAACGGGUCCUGAUCAAAACGUCCUCGUCGGAGGAAGAGGUUGAAUCCGUUGACUCGAGGGUCAACGAAAUGGUGAAGGCUUCACUGGACUUGCCUUCAAAUGGAUCAUCUUGGAAGGAGCUAAUCUUCCCCCGGUCGAAUGCGAUUCGACGAAUUCUGAUCGCGGCGAUCGGGGUCAACUUCUUCAUGCAGGCUUCCGGCAACGACGCGGUGGUUUAUUACAGUCCUGAAGUGUUCAAAGACGCCGGAAUUUCGAGCAAGAGACAACUGGUUGGAGUCACGGUGAUAAUGGGAGUGGCUAAAGCUUCUUUCGCCUUGGUUUCGGCUCUGUUUCUUGACCGGUUCGGGAGGCGGCCGCUUCUGUUGCUCGGUUCGACCGGGAUGGCGGUUUCUCUGGCGUUGUUGGGCCUGGGCUCGAAGUAUCUUGACCGGUGCCAGGAUGAUAAGCCCGUUUGGGCUAUUGUCUUGUGCAUCGUGGCGGUCUGUGCCGACGUGUCGUUCUUCUCGAUUGGGCUUGGGCCCAUUACGUGGGUGUACUCGUCGGAGAUUUUUCCGAUGAGGUUGCGUGCUCAAGGGUCCAGUUUGGCGAUCUCCGUCAACAGGCUGGUGAGCGGGGUGGUGGCGAUGACGUUCCUGAGCGUCUCCGAAGCGAUGUCGUUUGGAGGGAUGUUCUUGGCGCUCUCCGGGGUUAUGGUGAUGGCGUCGGUUUUCUUCUACUGUUACUUGCCGGAGACGAAAGGGAAGACGUUGGAGGAGAUUGGGCUUCUGUUUGAGGAUCAAGAUGAUGAGAGUCGAAGGCUCUUUGUUUCUUGAUUUUCAGUCGGUUUUUUGUUGUACUUUACAGAGGUAAGUGUAGCAAAAAUUCUUGGGCAUUCUUUUUUGUACAUUUGGAAUACAAUUUGUGAUUUAAAGACUUACAUUCGUUAUUUGUUGUAAGUGCACAGAACUUUAUACAUUCUUCUAUUCAGUCAUUCAUAAUGAUAUGGUGGAGUAAGAAUCUGAAUGAAUAUUACAAUUUGAACUGUGGGAUUCAUAAGGGACUUAUGAAUCCCACAGUUCAAAUUGGAAAUAAGUGUGCUCGAGUCAAAGAGAUAAAAGUCAAAUAAGUGU